CAUAUGAACAAACGCAAAAUAAGCAAAUAUCAUUAUCACAUAUUUGUGUAAUUUUUUACUUCAUGAUUACAUGUUACUACUGUUGUUAAACUGUUCCAAACCAGGAAAUAUGUCCCCGGAGAAAAUAUGGUUCAUGUAGUAAAAACAAAAGUACGCGAGGAUCCUUGGAGGAAUUAUGUCCUGUUAGCAAUUUUGAAAAUUAAGGACAUAAAAAAGAGAUACCAACAGGAACAGACUGUACAGAACACGAGGAGCACCAAUGGUCUUUUGUAGCCUGUAUCUUGAUGUACUGAGAGCAUUAGGUUAACCCGAGUGAAGCUUACCAUCUAAUUGUUUUUGGACAACGACCCAGAAAAGAUUUGUUCAAAGCAAAAAAGUCAGCCAUGAAUAGCCUUGGGCACAGUGCACGUGAACUCUGCCUCCUGGCUCUUGUGACUGGCCUGCAACUGUUUCUAUCUUCACCAGGUACAGGUGAGUGUCUGUCGCUGGAAAUAAAAGGUCAAAGUGCAUUUACAGUUUUGGAAGGAGCGAACUCAGAAAUAGACUUCUUCAUCUACAACAUGUCUCGAGAAGAAGCAAUAACUUUGUUUGUAUCAAAAGAUGGAUUACAUUAUAAAAUGGACAGUUCAUGCAAAUUCAUCCUGAAUCCAACUACCUGCAGCAAGUUUAGUGGACCAUGUCAGUGCUCAACAAGACCCAGUGAGGGUCGACUGCAAUUUGUCUUUAAGAGAAAGUUUCAGGCACAAGAUGCAGGCGAGUGGAAGUUCGAUGUUUGGAAUACGAACAUAGAACAAACUGUCAACAUUUCUGUGAAAGCAGUUGAAGUUACAACCAAUACUCCAUUACCAAGCCAUGCUCCAAUGACCGCGAAGCCAACUUCACCAAAAGGUGUGGGGGAGAAAACAACAAAAGCGAGGGCUGUGACCGUUGCUCUUCAAACGGCGAAGAGCACUCAGACCUCCACCAUAACCUCUACUUUCAUUCCCAGCCAUCACUUCAUAAAUAAUAAUAGUGAAGACGUCGGUGUUGCACACGAACCUCAGAGAACUGGAUUAGAGAGCUACAUUGUUGUCAUUAUCGUCCUGCUGAUCGUCGUCGCAGGUGUAGUGCUGGCUUUGGGUUUCGUCGUUUGGCGACAUCUGGGCUACAUUCAUAGGCUGCGACACUACCUUGUUUCUCUUCGUCAUACACACAUCUGUUGCACGUGGAUAGACAGGUUGAGCAACCACGUGACAUCUGCCGUUGAAGCCAACACCUAUGAUAGACCCAACAGGGCAUCGGAAGGGUUACGGUACUCAGUCCUCACUAGAUUUUUCCGACGGUCACGUCCAGUAUCCCGGAACAACACCUACGAAUCAUACAUCUGCACAGACGAAGAUGGCUACUUGAUGACGGCCUUUAAUAGCAAAGACAAGUUGAGCUCAUGUGAUGAAGAGCCGCCAUUAGAAGACUAUCCUCGGGCCUCAAACAUCUAUGAAAUUCCAGUACAGGGAGGCACGAACAUCAAACAACUACACUGACCGCAGCUCUGAUCCCAGCCACGGAUGUCAGGGAGUGUCAAAGGUGACUCACCCACUGAGCUUAACAACCUGCGUGAGCAUGCGCGCGUUUCCUUGCAACAGUUCUUCUGGUCAUGGGACAACAAUGACCUCAUAAACAAAAGUUGAUCUCAUGUGACCUCCUUGACUCACCAAAAUCUUCAUCUCAUGAAAUUUUGAAUUAAACAAGAGAACAUCUUUU